GAAACCGAACGCAACACAAGUUCCCCGCGCGGCCACUAGUAGCGCUCGUGUGCCAGUCUUUUCGCAGCAGGCGUGCGGCCGGCUGCUUGUUGCAGUGCGCGGUGCGAACUAUCACAUACGAGUUCGCGGUCAUAGGCUCGAACGAACAUCGAAAUCGACGGUCAGUGCGGUGACCAUGAUGAUGGACAACGGGGUGAUGACUAAUCAUUAUGAUGGGGGAUAUACGGAUGGAUACAUGGAACAGGAGGAGGAGUGGGAGCGCGAGGGUCUAUUAGACCCGGCAUGGGAGAAACAACAGAAAAAGACGUUCACAGCAUGGUGCAACAGCCACUUGCGCAAAGCCGGAACUGGCAUCGAGAACAUAGACGAAGACUUCCGCAAUGGGCUGAAACUCAUGCUUCUCCUGGAGGUGAUAUCCGGCGAAACCCUGCCGAAGCCAGACCGAGGCAAAAUGCGCUUUCACAAGAUCGCCAAUGUCAAUAAGGCACUUGAUUUCAUUGCAUCCAAAGGUGUAAAGCUGGUCUCCAUCGGUGCUGAAGAAAUCGUCGAUGGUAACCUAAAAAUGACACUUGGUAUGAUCUGGACUAUCAUUCUUAGAUUUGCCAUUCAAGACAUCUCCGUUGAAGAAAUGACCGCUAAGGAAGGUCUUCUUCUCUGGUGCCAGCGCAAGACCGCCCCCUACAAGAAUGUGAACGUGCAAAACUUCCACCUGUCCUUCAAGGACGGUCUCGCCUUCUGCGCCCUCAUCCACAGGCACAGGCCUGACCUGAUCGACUACAGCAAGCUCUCGAAGGACAACCCUCUCGAGAACCUCAACACGGCUUUCGAUGUUGCCGAGAAGUAUCUUGAUAUUCCACGCAUGUUGGAUCCAGAUGACUUAAUAAACACCCCCAAGCCGGACGAACGCGCUAUAAUGACCUAUGUAUCAUGUUACUACCACGCCUUCCAAGGCGCGCAACAGAACACGGCGAUGCCAGACGAGCGAGCCGUCAUGACUUACGUCUCUUCUUACUACCAUUGCUUCUCUGGCGCCCAGAAGGCUGAAACCGCCGCGAACCGCAUCUGCAAAGUGCUCAAGGUGAACCAGGAGAACGAGCGCCUCAUGGAAGAGUACGAGCGUCUUGCCAGUGAUUUACUGGAAUGGAUCCGACGCACGAUGCCCUGGCUGAACAGCAGACAGACCGACAACUCGCUCGCUGGAUGUCAAAAGAAGUUGGAGGACUACCGUACUUACAGACGCAAGCACAAACCUCCCCGUGUGGAGCAAAAGGCGAAGCUGGAGACCAACUUCAACACGCUCCAAACUAAACUGCGUCUGAGCAACAGGCCCGCCUACAUGCCCACCGAGGGCAAGAUGGUUUCCGACAUCGCCCAAUCCUGGAAAGGUCUGGAGAUCGCAGAAAAGGCUUUCGAGGAAUGGCUCCUGAGCGAAAUGAUGCGUCUGGAGCGACUCGAGUACCUGGCGCAGAAGUUCAAGCACAAGGCCGACAUCCACGAGGACUGGACUAGAGGCAAGGAGGAGAUGCUGCAGUCUCAAGACUUCAGGCAAUGCAAGUUGUACGACAUCAAGGCGUUGAAGAAGAAGCACGAGGCCUUCGAGUCGGACCUGGCCGCGCACCAGGACAGGGUGGAGCAGAUCGCCGCCAUUGCACAGGAACUCAACACCUUGGAAUAUCACGAAGUAGCCAACGUGAACGCUCGCUGCCAGCGCAUCUGCUCCCAGUGGGACCGCCUCGGAGCCCUCACGCAGCGAAGACGCGCCGCCCUCGACGAUGCAGAGCGGGUGCUGGAGCAGAUCGACUUGCUGCACCUCGAGUUUGCCAAGAGGGCCGCGCCAUUCAACAACUGGCUGGACGGCACCCGCGAGGACUUGGUGGACAUGUUCAUCGUGCACACCAUCGAAGAGAUCUCCGGCCUAAUGGACGCCCACGCUCGUUUCAAGGCCACCCUCGGAGAGGCCGACAAGGAGUACCAGGCCAUCGUCAAUCUCGUGCACCAAGUGGAGUCCAUCGUCAAACAGCACCAGAUCCCCGGAGGACUGGAGAACCCUUACACCACGCUCACUGCGCAUGAAUUGAACCGCAAAUGGUCGGACGUGAGACAACUAGUGCCGCAGCGCGACGCCACGUUAGCGGCGGAACUCCGCAAGCAGCAGAACAACGAGAACCUCAGGAGACAGUUCGCGGAGAAGGCCAACGCGGUCGGACCCUGGAUCGAGAGGCAGAUGGACGCCGUCACCGCUAUCGGUAUGGGAUUGCAGGGUUCCCUGGAAGACCAGCUCCACCGUCUCAAGGAGUACGAAUCGGGCGUAUACGCCUACAAGCCCCACAUCGAGGAGCUCGAGCGCAUCCACCAAGCCGUGCAAGAAGGCAUGAUCUUCGAGAACAGGUACUCGCAAUACACGAUGGAGACCCUCCGCGUGGGCUGGGAGCAACUGCUGACCUCCAUCAACCGAACCAUCAACGAAGUCGAGAACCAGAUCCUCACCCGCGACUCCAAGGGCAUCACCCAGGAACAGCUCACCGAGUUCAGGGCUUCCUUCAACCACUUCGACAAGAACCGCACAGGACGGUUGGCUCCCGAGGAACUCAAAUCGUGCCUCGUGUCUUUGGGAUACAGCAUCGGAAAGGACCGACAGGGCGAACUCGACUUCCAACGCAUACUCGCCGUCGUCGACCCCAACAACACAGGUUACGUAUCCUUCGACGCUUUCUUGGACUUCAUGACCCGAGAAUCCACCGACACCGACACCGCAGAACAAGUUAUCGACAGCUUUAGGAUUUUAGCUGGUGACAAGCCAUUCAUAACAGCGGAAGAACUCCGUCGUGAGCUGCCUCCAGACCAGGCAGAGUACUGCGUGUCCCGGAUGCCACCCUACCGCGGGCCCGGAGCCCCACCUGGAGCCCUGGACUACAUGUCAUUCUCCACGGCACUCUACGGGGAAACUGACCUCUAAAUCACCUCGAUUUGAGAAAGCAAGAGGAAACUUGAAAGAUCUGCCCUCCGCCAUCAGGAAAUUUAUUUACUAACAUGGAGGAUUACUUAGUCAUGAAAUUGCGAUAAAUUACUUCACUUGCGUUGAUCAUCUCUUCGCCCUAAUCAUGAUCAACCAAAGAGAAUAAAUUUUGCAAUAAGUUGUUUAACAGUUAUGUAUGUGCAAUGUUCAAACCAAAAAUGUCAUUAACUUGUGAAAUUUCACUCCCUAAAAUUACAUUUGGCUCAAAUCCGAAGAAACUGUAUGUUUAAUACUAUUUAUAUUAGAUUUAGGUAUUAUUAUCUAUUUGUACGAGGAGAACAUCAGGGGAAGUCACAAAACAUUUUAUUUGUAAGUAAAAAUGGUGCUAAUGUUAGGCUCACUAAUGUAUGACACACCAAAUCAAAACUCAUUCAUACUGUGAGAAUGUUUUGUUAUAUCUUAUUUGUAAGCAAUUAUUAUUUAUACAAAUCAAAUUUUAAAUACUGCCAUUAGUUUAAUGGUAAUUAUGCAGCAUUUAGGUUGCAAGCAAAGAAUGAUCUUAAAAAUGUCUUAUUUAUUCAAUAGAUGCCACACCUUGCCCAUCUAUUUAUUAUCAUUUUUAUACUAUCAUCGUUUGUAUGAGUAUUUUUGAGUGAGUACUCUAAAUAAAUGAUCUGCCAUA